AGAAUAAAUUGUUCAACAAUCAUAGAACUAUCCAGCAGUCUGUCAUGGAGAAAUCUUUGUUGCCUAGCAACAAAAUGUCUGAGAAGGAGGGUCAGAUAGAAGAAUUACGAGGAAGACUAUCUGAUAUACCACCUUUAGAAGACGAGAAAGAUUUUUUCUUAUCGGAAGAAACAUUAGCUCGAUAUCUGAAAUCUUGUAAUUGGAACGUGGCCGAAGCAGAAAAAUAUCUUAAAGACACCAUUGAAUAUCGUCGUAAAACAAGACCACUAUAUGUUGAUUGUAAAUAUUGUCAUGAGAGACCAGGUUAUCAUUCCAUGAGACAAGUUGGGUUUGAUGAGAUGGGAAGACCUGUGAUAUAUGCCAAUUUCGCUCAAGCAUCAACCCACAAAUAUAUGUUGGAUGAUUCUGUUGCUCAUGUCACAUACUUAGUAGAAAAUGCCAAAAGAACAAUGAAAGCUGGCAUAACAACCUGGGUAUUUGUGAUAGAUUGUACAGGUAUGACAUUAUCAGCCUGCAAUCCCAAACUAGGAUAUGGUGUUACUCAAGCUCUAGCUGACCACUAUCCAGAACGUCUAGGAUUAGUCUUGUGUAUCAAUCAUAAUGCUGUUUUCCACGGAGUAUGGCAUGCUAUUAAAAGUUUUCUUCACCCACAGACAGUGUCCAAAAUGAAAUUCAUACGAUCUAAACGGAAAGUGCUUAGUUCUUUCCACAAAUAUUUCUCAGAUGAACUUACUGACUGGUUGAUUAAAGAAAUAAAAAAUAACAAACAAAAACCUAUACCGUCAAGCCAAAAGGAAUUCUGGAAUGGAGCCAAAAAUGGCCAUGACCCAAGAGGAUGCCCGUCAUAUAUAAAGGAAUAUAUAGAACCGUACUUUAAAAAUGUUGGUUCUGCCAAGCCUUCACACAAACCUCAUCCUAAUAUAAUAGAUACUUCCCGGGGGAGGGUACAUUCCAUUACCUUAACAGCAGAAGAAUUGAAAGAGAGAGAACAAGCUCAGGCUCAAGCAGCAGAUGAUGCGACCGGAAGUGACGAUGACGAUAUACCAGAUGGAAGUGGAAUAGAUAUAGAUGAAGUCUUCCAAAUCCCAAGUGAUGCUGCAAAACUAUGUACAUAA